AUGGACGGUUCUGCACACCUCAAGCAAUUCCUCGGAAGGGCAAGCUACGGCGGAACGCCAGUCAUCGAAGCGGCGCAGUAUGGAAAUGCAGAGUGCGUCCGGGUGCUGCUGCAAGCCCCAAGGCUGGACUUGACCAUCGUCGAGGACGGCAAGAAUGCUUUGGAGUGGGCCCGUCAUCCAGAAUCACUGUGCCACCCCCAUGGAGGCCAUGCUCAGGUCGAAGAAUUGCUCGCGCCACACAUGAUGAAGUCAUGA